AUGCAGCGAAAGCCACUUUCAACGCUGCUGGGUGUCCCACCCUCAGGCUUUGAUCCCAACCACACCUUCACCACCUCCUGGCUUCUUCCACCCCUUCUGCUCUCGAUCCUGCGCCUCUUGAUCUUCACGUACUGUCUUGCCACUCAAUUGACGCACUGGAUAUACGAUGGCGUCCACUCGUCGCGCUUCCUCAUCGGCCAGGAAUUCAGCUACUUCACAGUGCUGACCUUUUGGGGAAUUCUGUUCUACAUGCUCGUCGCAGGCGUCCAUACCCUCGUCUAUGCCAUCAAGGGUCGCUCGUGGCUGGAUCGCUGGCCAAGAUGGCUGCAGGCCUUGCAUAGUUUCUACUACACCACCAUCGUGACGUUUCCUAUUCUUGUCACCAUUGUCUACUGGGCCAUUCUGUAUGAUGGUCCUUGGUUUCCAUUGACUUUUAAUGCCUGGUCUAAUAUUUCCCGUCACGCGCUCAACACCUUUUUCUGCCUCCUGGAAAUCUUCCUACCCGCCACAAAUCCCCCGCCCUUCCUGCACGUAGUUGGCCUAAUAGUGCUUCUCUUACUCUACCUCGGGCUCGCAUACCUGACGCACGCGACCCAAGGGUUCUACGUCUAUAAUUUCCUCGAUCCAGACACCGGCGCAGGCAAAGUGACGGGAUAUUGUUUUGGGAUCUUCGCCGCGAUCCUCAUCAUCUUUUUCGUAGUCUGGGGUUUGAUAUGGGUGAGAAGGAGGCUUGCGAGGCAAGGGAAGAGGAGUCGUAGGGAUGUGCAUAGGCAUGUGUCAACAGACGGUGAUGUUGAGCUGAGUGGGAGAGUGUCACAAGUCAAGUAG